GUGUUCCGUUAAAUACUGUACCCGAGGUACAGAAUGGAUCUAAUUGUUUAAUAGAACGCAUUCGACUUCUUUUUUGAAUUCUCGAAGCUGUUCGAAGCGCAGGAACUCACGUAUCGUGGCUGUACAUUAGUGUGCGUAAGUGGAGGGGCAAUUUUAUUUGGACACCGGUCUGCCGUCUGGUAACACCGGGCGACACUGUACACUGUACCCUGUACUCUGAACUGCACGUAAUUUAAUUCCAUCGACAUAUUGGUGAACAGACGCAAUUGAGAGAGAAACAUUGUGAACAUCGAUACUACGUAAUACGUGUUAGAAGAAAAAUCGCAGUUCUAUUCAUUCGUCCUUAAAAAGGUAACGUGGCCAUGGCGAGCGAGAGAUUAGAUUUUGUGAUAUUUGGUGCUACUGGAUUCACUGGAAAACAUGCUGUGCAAGUUGCAGCACAACUUGUUAAAGAGAGACAAAUUACGUUUGGGGUCUGCGGUCGUCGCAAACAGGCUUUAGAAGCAGUUGUUAAAGAAUUUGCCCCUGAUAUAGAUGUGCGUAUAAUAGUUGCCGAUCUGAAAGAUGAAGAAUCAUUAAAGAAAAUGACAGAACAAGCUAAAGUACUUGUUAAUUGCUGUGGCCCAUAUAGAUUUUAUGGAGAACCAGUUAUUAAAGCAUGUAUUGCAACUUGUACUCACCAAGUUGAUGUUAGCGGCGAGCCACAAUACAUAGAAAGCAUACAAUUGAAAUACCACAAGGCAGCUCAAGAAGCUGGUAUCUACAUUGUAAGUGCUUGUGGAUUUGAUAGUAUACCAUGCGACCUUGGUAUAAUUUUCACACAGGAAAAGUUUAAUGGCGAAGUCAAUUCCAUUGAAACUUAUUUAAGUUUUUCAUCAACUGCGAAAGUUAGUGGUGCUAUUCUACAUUAUGGUACUUACGAAUCAGCAGUUUAUGGAGUAGCUCAUUCCGACGAAUUACGUACAAUACGUAAUAAACUGUAUUCUGAAAAACUACCACAACUCAAGCCAAGGUUAAACAGAAGAGGAAUCAUUCAUCAAACCUCUCUGUCGACGGGUUGGUCCAUGAUAUUUCCAGGCGCUGAUCGUUCUGUGGCUCGACGCACUCAACGAUAUUUAUAUGAAAAAUACAAACAAAGACCAGUACAAGUUGAGACAUACGUUACAUUUAAGUCUCUUUUUACUGUAUUGGCAACAAUCAUUUUUGGUAUGAUCUUCAUGUUAUUGUCCAAAUUUGAAUUUGGUCGUAAUUUAUUAUUAAAGUAUCCUGCUUUCUUUUCUGGUGGUACCGUAAGUCGCGAAGGUCCUACGGCAGAGGUACUGGAAAAUUCUCAUUUCUCCAUUAGAUUUAAAGCAGAAGGCUGGACUGAAAAAUUGGCGGAACCUACUGAUACACAUAAAGAUUCACCGAAUAAGCAAUUAAUAUCUAAAGUUAGUGGUGUUAAUCCUGGGUAUGGUGGAACAUGUAUUAUGUUAUUGCUUUCUGCCAUGACAAUUCUCAAAGAAUCUGAUAAAAUACCUGAGAAUGGUGGUGUUAUGACGCCUGGUGCUGCAUUUGGUAAAACAUCAUUGAUUGAGGAAUUAAAUAAAAAAGAUAUACGAUUCGAAGUUGUUGCACAACUCGAAUAAUAAAGUAUUUUACAUGCUUGUAUAUGUAUACAACUCAGUUAUAUGGUGGCGGAGAUGACAACGUGGAAAUUCGAAUUUUCUUUGUUUUAUAGCUAUACUUAAAUUUAACACUAAUAUUUUCAUCUCUUAUGAAGUAUUUUUAUCUCAACAUGUGCAUUUGAAAACAUUUACAAAAAGGACCAUAUAUUUUUAAAUCUUAAAGACUGUACAACAAAUGUUAACUAUAGAUCUUGUUUGAUGGGAUAUCCUUUCAACAUAACUACUACUUCAAUUUUGUAAUAUAGUAUUUCAAAUUUGAAGUAUCUCCAGUAUAUAAUACGUUAUGAAGUACACAUACAGUAAGACCUCGAUUUAACGGACAAAAUUCCAAGACCAUAAGUUAAAUCACAAAGUUAUAUAUCAUUCUUUUUUUUUUUUUUUUUGUAUUAUUUUAAAAUUGAACAUCAUUUACUUGACGAUUGUAAAUUCAACCUCGCACCUCUGCAGAUUUCUUCCAAAUAAAAUGUGUUUACAUUUUUCUUUUAUUCGCAAAUAAAACGGGAUGUAUUGCAUUUAAAAAUAUAUAAUUUGCUAUUUAACGGACAGCCCCUUCCCUAAUUAGUCCGCUAAAUUAAGGUUUUACUUGUAUUUAAAGAAAGAAACAAUAUAUAAAAGGUUUUAUACUAACCCAUUUUAUUUUUUUUUUAUACUUGUUAAAAUUUACAAUUUAUUAGCACUAAGUACAUAUUGGUAAUAUAUUAUA